AUGGCAGAACGUAGUGCUAGAGUCCAAUUUGAUUUGUUCGAGUCCGAAAAAGUGUUGUUGCGACACAAAUGGAUCAGAAUAUUAGAGGAGAUUGACUCCGAAGUCUCAGUGACGCUUGGAUUUGAUCUAUACAAUACUAAGAAAGAGGAUACGAAGUUGCACCACUGCGAGUUGAAGAAGGUGAACCAAAUGAGAGUCGGUUACGACGAGUUCCUAUUGAAGAAAAUUAAGGAAGCUGGAAUACAAAAUGCGAAAUGA